AUGGCGCUCUUCGAGGGGAUCCUCCGACCGGGCCGCCCUUUGGAGCAACGCCCCCUGGACUGCCUCGCACCGCCGGGCGGCGUGUUGCACCGCCUGGCCGCGGAGGACGAUGCGGCGGCUUUGCGGGCGCUGCUGGGCGCGGACGCGGCGCUGCCCGCGGACGUGGCGUGGUGCCAAGAGGUGUGGAUCGAUGAGGACGGCCGUAGCCCGCUCCACCUGGCGGCGCGCGCCAACGCGGCGGAGACGGUGGCACUGCUGCUGGAGGCAGCGGCGGACGUGAACCAGGCGGACCGCUUUGGGCACACACCGCUGCAUCACGUGGCCAUGUGCCCACAGGAGUUGACGUCACUGGAGGUGCCAUGGAGACUGCUGGAUGCUGAAGCUGAGGUCCAUGCGCUGGGCCGUUGCAACGACGUGCCACUCCACCUGGCCGCCUGCUACGGCCACCACGCCCUUUGCGCGCUGCUCCUGGCGCGCUGGGCGGACCCGAAGCUCUGCGACUGGAGCAGCGCCACGGCGCUGCAGAUCGCGGUGCAGCAUCAGCAGCUUCGAACAGCGGAGGUUCUGAGCGAGUGGCGGCCCUUGGAGGUGGAGCUUCCUGACGCCUCCUCCGUGGUCGUUUGGCUCCGCCCCAGUGCCACCCACGCGGAGCUCUGCGGCCGCCUGGCGGGCGUGGCGGGCGUCAGCGCCUCCGCCUUCGUGGAGUGCCAGAUGUGCCUCCCCGAGCGUCCCUUCCAUUCCACGCGGGCGCCGGAGCCGUCGACGUGCCGGGACCUCCUGCGGCACCGGCGCGUGCGCUUGGCGCCGGUGCCGGUGCCGGCACAUGGCUGGGAGGAGCUGUGGGCGCCGGAGAUGAUGCCGUCAGAUCUUUCGUGGACUCCAUGUGAAGAGUUUGACACUGCUGCCUUGUCGGAUGCGCAUCCCUUCGCACAGAAAUUGAUGCAGUUCUUUGAUCAGCACAGCAGCAACUUCUACAGCACCGCGGUUCAGCUGCUGCGGGUGCCAUCUGAACGGCUCAGGGAAUUUCAUGAGGCAAUUUCCCGUUUGGAAUGCCAAAUGCUCAUCCCCUACGGCUCUCAGCACACUCCCCGCGCGACCGCCGCUCUGGCGCGACAGCCCCUGGGUGUGCUGUGGGCAGAGGCGCGGCCAGAGGCGCGGCCUGGUGCGGCGCUGGCCAUGCUGAGGAGCCAAGCUGUUGCCCUUUGUGGCGCAACACUGGGCACACGGCGCUUACAACAUGUCUCCUUCGCCCUGGCCUGGGCGCGUGACGACGCGAAUCUGCACGUCACCGGUGAGAAGGCCAUCGAAGGUUGCGGGGAGGAGACCUCGGUGCUGGCCUACCUUGUGGCCUACACCACAGCCUUUCCCGUUUCGAAGCACCGAUCCUACAGGCGCCACCGUUGGGAGCUCCACCCGCACCCGCCGGGCUUCGACCUCUACGUGUUGGGCGGCGCUGGCCGUCAUCAAGCGCGGCCGCUGGCGGAGUACCAGUUGUUCCCCGUGGAGGACGCGCAGCUUCUCCCCUUUGCUGUCGUCCAUGUCCAGCGCGGCAGUGUGGCAGGCCGCGCGCUGUCUCCCGCGCGACAGCUGUUUGAAGGCGAGGCGUUCCUUCCUCUUGCCGAUUCGCGCGAGGCGGUGUGCGGUGCCACGGAGACGCUGUUUAAACAGCGCAAGAACAGCAUGAUCCAUGAUCCGCACCGCAUGACCCGCGCGGCAUUGACCGCACGGCGCCUUCUUGUGGCGCUCUUCUGCGCACGUUUGCUGGCCGCGCCUGUGCGCACGAACGAUGGAGUCGUCCUGUGCCCGGCCGGGCAGCGGCCGGAUGGCCAGGGUCGAUGUGUGCCUGUGGUUUGUCCGCCCGGCACCGUCACCGCCUUUCCGGCCUUCGCAGCCUGCGUUCCCUGCCAUGCCGGUGGCUACGCGAACGCCCAGGGCACCCUAUGCUUGGCCUGUGAGGAUGGGAUCUCGGCCAGUGGAAGCACCAAAUGUGAAGCAUGCGAGGGAGUUUUCUUCAACCUGCAACCAGACGCACCACAUGAACGCUGCGAGAUCACUGCCGUGAGCAUCCUGACGCCGGUGAAGUUUUUCCUUUGCCUAUUGGGCCUCUUCCAACUACUUGCCAUGGCCAGGAUUUACUGCCUUGAAGUCACGGAUGUGUCCUUGCAGUCUGGGCAGACGGUGAUCAGUACAUUGGGACGGCACUUUCUGCGGACGUCGCGUGGAGGGCGCGUCGAUGUCCCGCGCGUCGAGCUGCAGGGCACCGGCGUCCGCGGCUUGGACCUGGCAGAGUUCCAAGUGAAGGUCCUGGGCAAGGAACAAUUGGUGCUGAUACACUUAGAGGGCAAGGUGGAACAUUGGGCCAGUUCCAUGGGCCAACUGCGGCUGCACUUCCCACAGACCCUUUGGCAGAUCCGCUUUCUACAUACACCUUUGCUGGCCUGGGUGCUGCUAUUUUUGGCAAGCGCCAUUGCCGUGGGCUUCGGAGUCACCAAGCUCUCCAUCCUCCUCAGCCUCUCCUCCGCCUUCUUGCUCUCCACGAUUCUGGUCUCCGCGGGGCAGAAGCAGCGGACGCCAGUGGCGCUGAAGCGACAGCAGUUCCUGCGUCUUCACUCUCAACUGCAACCCUGCGAGAGGGGUCCCCUGCGCGCCAUGAAACUGGAGAAGAUGAAGACCUUCCACGAGUUCUUCGAGAUGUUCAUCCGCGAUCGCUCCAUGACUUACGUGUGCGAGAACUUGGUCAAGCCGCUCACCUUCGCAGUGCAGCACUCCUUCGCGGAGCUGGUCGGCAGCACUCCAACGCCGGUGCAGUGGUUCGUGAGCCACUUUUGGGGCUCAGCGUUCCGACACUUCUCGGAGACCGUUCAGAAGCAUGCGGCGCAAGUGGCCUUGGAGCCCGACUCUGUAGCCUACUGGGUGUGCACCUUCAGCAAUAACCAGUGGGCAGUGGAUGAUGAGCUUGGCCACGGCGAGGUUUGUCAGUCCUCCUUCUACCUGGCACUGCGGAGCAGGAGCUGCCGAGGGACAGUGAUGGUCAUCGAUGAGUUGGCCAUGCCCUUGACGCGUGUGUUUGUUCGAAGUGCUCCAGACGCUGCAGCUCUCGCAGAACCCAAGCUUCGAAGGUCUGCUGCUGUGCACGCCCUCGGGGGUCUUGCAAGAUGGCCGUGCUGGGACGGACGUGGCGAUGGAGGUCGCCAGGAAGUUGUCCCAGCUGGACUUGAGGGAUGCAGAGGCGACCUCGCAAAAGGACAAGGAGCUGAUCGAGUCGGAGGUCCUGCGAACUGUGGGAGGCUUUGA